ACCGUGGCCUGGGUGCUUUCAAACUGUUGCGUUUUGCCGGCGACACUGGUGCCAACAUUCGAUUCAAUAUGUUUUGGUGACGUUGCCGUUAUCAGUCCUACAGAUUGGCGGGCUGUUUGCUUUGGGCUUGUGAUAAUUGAACCGUUGCAGAAAUUCCUUUGCCCGCGCCCUGCCGCUGCGAGAUUGACAGGACAGGCCGAGUUCUGGCGUCGCUUGAACCGCCCCAGUCCCGAUCUUUGGUCCAUGAACCCGCAGUCAAAGCUGUCUUGAUCUAUCUUAAUCUUGAUUGGUCAAGAUUCAGUUUACAAUGGACUUGAAUAAAGCCCGCAGCGGUCAGCGUCUCCUUCGUUCUCCAACAACACCGCCUGAUUCUCCACCGAUUCCGACUGUUUCUCCUGAGGGUAAAGCUAAAGUCGAUAGACUCAUUGACCAGGUAGACAGUAUAUUGCUCUCAGAUGAUGUAUUAACUUCUAAAGUUAAGGAACCGUACGUUACUUGGUGUCUUCAAGCAUGUGUCAGUAGUGACAUACUAAAGUAUGCUGUAGAGAGGCUCCAUUACUAUUGGCUUGGUAAUCGAUCUGCUGUUGCAAAGGCUUCACUUUUCCUUUGCGCAAAUUGGUUCUUUGAAGUUGAUGGAGUGAAAAUGCGGCAAGAGCUUCUGUUAUGUCUUCAAGGCGAUUUUGAAAACAGGCUUGAGUUACAGGGUAAAUCACCUCAGAGGUUCCUUCAUUCAGUGGCAUUCCUUGUAGAAAUGUUCACUAAAAUUAGGAUUGAAAACCAACCUAUGCAGUUUCUGACAACCCCAGUGUUUCAAUCUCUUGAAGACCUUUUAACAGGAGAUGAUUCAGAGAUAGAAUUGUUUGCUCACUUGGUUGUUGGCAUUGGCCCUACGUUGCAAGAUGCCAAUGGUUCAAGGGAUAAAUCUCUGCGUACCUUUAUGCCACUUCAAAACUUGUUUUGCAAGAUUCGCUCCACUUUAAUGUCCCGCAACCUUUCAAGUCAAAGCCGCUUAUGGUUACUUUUUAUCAUGGAUAUUUCAAGCAGUGGAGAUUUUUGUCAACCCUCAUCUACUCUUCAAACAUUCUACCUAGACAAGGAAAAUUUAGGUCCUGCUGUAAAUUGCUUAAUUAAAUCUAUUGAUAGUGCCAUUUCAUCACAUGCUGAAGCUGAAACUCUUCUGAGUGUGCCUCAGGCUGAGGAAACUGUGAGUGCACCAUUGGUAAGCCAGACAGAGUUGAAAGAACCUGAUUUAAGGGAGCAGAUGUCAGAUUUCAAGAUUUCUCCAAAGCCUCUAGUAACUAAUGGAGCAUUCAAAACUGGAUUUACCCAAAAAAAUCCUAGCCAAAAUGAAGUAAUGGAUAAGAGAGAAGGUUUUCGCAGUGCGCUCAAUACAGAACGCAGCAAAGGAAACAGAGGUAAAAGCUUUUGGCAACACGAUGACCGCUUUGAGAGAGAUGACUUGCCAGUCAAAGAGAGAAAUACAGGCGGCCUCACCAAACCUCGAGCUAGUGAUGGUAACUGGAGACGACCCACAACUCCCAAAGACGAACAAGAAAAGAAGUCAAAUAAUGAAGACAGUUGGAGGCCACCAUCUACUAAGGGCAAUCGCGGUAGAGAUAUUGUGAAAACCUACUCAGAGAGACAGCCAUCAGAUUCUUUGUCAGGGGGGGAGAAUUGGGACUAAUGUGAUGGACAUUUAGUCUGGAGGCAUGAACCCAACUCUGAACUUAAAGGGGUAAAUAAUGAGAAUAUCUCAGAAGGUGUUGAAUUUAUUUCUUCACAUAAUCAUGUACAUCUAAUAAUCUGAACAAUGUGCAAGUGAAAACAAUUAUUACAUCUUUGUAACGUAAAUAAUAAUAUAUUUAUGUAUGUAUUUAUAAUUAUAAUAGGAGUCUGAAGAAAGGAGAGUAUUAAGACGGUCCAAAUUAGUUUGUUUAUCAACAGAUAUUGUGGUACUGUACUAGGAAUUUUAGUAUGUGACCAGUAUUGUGAUGUUUUAUUUUUAUAGACCUGUAAUUUACUAAUGGAAGAUUUCAAAGCUCAUGUGACGGUUUUGUGAGGAUAUAUUAAAGUAUUAUUUAAUUGUUUAA